AUGGUGCUCGUCAGCCCCACGGUCCAAUUGGCCGGAGUGCUGUUCGUGCUUUUCCUGGUCGUUCGAUACGUCGCCAACAUACACCGGCACUACCAACAAGCAAAGGCGCUGCACUGUGAGAAGCCCGCAAGUGGUUCUUCUGGAUUCUUCGGAAUCCCCGCAUUCCUGCGUCUCACCAAAGCUGUGCGUGAGAAGCGAUGGAUCGACUACCUUACCGAUCAAUUCGAUAUCAACGGCACCACAUUCAGCCAGCGAACGAGACACGAACAAUUUGACCCGCUGCUUGGUGAUGGUAUUUUUACACUUGAUGGUGCGGGUUGGUCGCAUGCCCGUGGCAUGUUGCGACCGCAAUUUGCCAGAGAUCAGGUCGCCGAUCUGUCCAUGCUGGACGAUCAUAUCUCGCACUUAAUCGACCUGAUCCCCAAAGACCGCAGCGCAUUCGACAUCCAGCGCCUAUUCUUCCUCUUAACCCUAGACUCCGCAACGCACUUCCUCUUCGGAGAAUCUGUAGGCUGCAUGCUCCCCCCAUCGGAAACAACCGGCGUUCUCGAGAAAUCCGCCGUCCGCAACGCGCAAGGUUUCGCCGACGCCUUCACCACAGCGCAAGACUAUCUCGCCGCACGGUCGCGUGCACAAGGUCUAUACUGGCUCGUCAACCCCAAGGAAUUCCGUGAAGCGAAUCGUCGCGUUCACGAAGUCGUCGAUCACUACGUCAACGUCGCGCUCGAGAGAAAGCGCAAUCCAGAUACCAAGCAAGGUGAUGGCCGGUAUAUCUUCCUCGAGGCAUUGGCCGCGGAAACCGACAAUCCGAAAAUGCUGCGCGAUAAUAUGUUGAAUAUUCUCCUCGCGGGUCGUGAUACGACCGCCAGUCUGCUCAGUUCGACAUUCUUUUAUCUCUCGCAGUAUCCGAAUGUGUGGAAUCGCCUGCGCCGUGAAAUCGUCAACGAAUUCGGCGAUGUCAAGAACCCCAAUGGUGAAAUCACUCAGACUAGACUGAAAGAUCUGAAAUACCUUCGCUAUGUCCUGAAUGAAGUCCUCAGACUGCAGCCUCCUGUUCCGGUCAAUUUCCGCGUCGCCACGAAGGAUACGUCCCUGCCUGUUGGUGGUGGUGCCGACAAGCGUUCUCCUGUUUAUGUGCAAAAGGGUCAAAUGGUGGCUUACAACGUGUUUGCCAUGCACCGUCGAACAGACUACUGGGGCAAGGAUGCGCGGUUGUUCCGACCGGAGCGGUGGGAAGAGAAUGCGAAGCAUGGUUGGGAAUAUCUGCCUUUCAAUGGUGGUCCUCGGAUUUGCCUUGGUCAACAAUAUGCUCUCACUGAAGCUAGUUACGCUGUUGUCCGACUCAUGCAGCAUUUCGAUACGGUCGAGAAUGCGGAUCCAAGUCCCCGCCAGGAGCCGAUUAAGAAUUCUAACUUAACAAUGAUGCAUGAUCGCGGUGUCCCGGUGAAACUGUAUGCAUCGGAGAAGAUCUGA